AUGUCUGGAAGAGGCAAGGGAGGUAAAGGACUCGGAAAAGGAGGCGCAAAGCGUCACCGAAAGGUUCUCCGUGAUAACAUCCAGGGUAUUACCAAGCCCGCUAUCCGCCGUCUGGCUCGCCGUGGUGGAGUCAAGCGUAUCUCCGGUCUGAUCUACGAGGAGACUCGCGGAGUGCUCAAGGUGUUCCUGGAGAACGUUAUCCGUGACGCAGUCACCUACACCGAGCAUGCCAAGAGGAAGACCGUGACCGCCAUGGAUGUGGUUUAUGCUCUGAAGAGGCAGGGACGUACCCUGUACGGAUUCGGAGGUUAAAACUUUAUAAGAAAUAUAAACACCAAAGGCCCUUUUCAGGGCCACCCAACUCUC